GCCGGCCCAGCCCGAAUAUUCGCCGUCAUAAACCUCCGGACAGACUAAAACCCUAAGAUAGCAACCGGGAGAAGAAGCCGAUAUUCAAAAUGCGUUCAUCCUCUCGAGCUCUGAUAAAUUUUUCCAAGAGAACCACUUGGAACCCAAAUUUGUUCUUCCCCUUCUCUUCUUCCGAUCACAAUCCUCAUAACUGUUAUUUGACUCUGUUACAAUCCCGAUCCAUAUUCUCUACGACUCAGCUUCAUGGUUCAUGGAUGGACAAGAUCAAGGGAGUUAUCAGUGGGAAGAAAAAUUCUACUGAAGGAACUGACAUCAGCUCCGAGUCCUUUACUCUCCUCAGGUUUGCUGAUGAGUUGAAAAAUGCCCGGAGAGUGGGAGCACUCAAGCAGUAUAUAGUGGGAAGAAGUAGUGAAGCAACUUUUGCAGAUGCUUUUGAGAAGCAGGAAGCAAUUAUUCGCUAUUUGGGAGGUUUUGAUUCCACUGGAGAGAACAUCCAAACCAGCCAAAAACAAGAAGCAGCAAAAAAUUGUAACUGCACGAUCGCUGAGGUUGAGAAUGCAUUGUCAAAGUUUUUGUGGGCUAAAGAAGCACAAAAGAAGAUCGAGAAGCUAAAGGAAGAAGGAAAACCGUUGCCAACAAACAUUGCCGAGGUCCAGAAACUGGUGGGUUCAAAUCCAUUGGAUCUAGCUAGGUCAAAUUUGGCCAAGAGUGGCCAAAUAAGCCGGAAUGCUCUCUGUCCUUGCGGAUCAAAGAAGAGAUAUAAACGGUGCUGCGGGAAGGAUCAAACUGUAUAAGAAGAGAACUUGCAUGUGCCUAUUUUUUGCAUGAAUGAUUGACAGUGUAUAAGAAUUUUUUUCUAUUCGUCGUUCCAUUCUGUCUUAUUUGGUUCUCUGGAUUAUGAUAUGUUGAGUCUUCUUCUUUCAAUGCAUCAAAUCCACGCCCUUUAUUAUAAAGGGAUCUUCCAUAGCUUCUUCAAGGUUAAGCUAUUUUCAAACUAGUGUGUAUUUGUACUGCAAAAGAGAAGGAGUAUGAAUAACAAAAAAGAUUCACCAGAAA